AUGGCCACAAAAAACUCAUUUUACUUUCUUAUUUUCUUUCUCAUCAUUGCUUUAAACUUCAUUAAUACCUUAGCCACUUAUCAUAAUUCUGAUGAUAAUAAUACUGCAAAAUGGUUACAUAUUUGGCCAUUUGUUCCACCAUCACCACCACCACCUUCAUCAAUUGGUCAUUUUCCUAAAUUUCCAUUCACAAGAUCAUCAAUAUUUCCAUGGCCGCGGUUUUUGCCUCCUUAUUCCCCGAUUAAUAAAAAAAGUCUCGAUGACAUAAGCAUGAUCAACAGUCAGAACGUGUUGAAAAAGAAAUCAUGUGCCUCAAUCGUUGAAAAAUGUAUAUUUUGCGUUCGUCGUAGAUGUUUUUUCUCCUAUGAUUGUUGUGAGGUUGUUAGUGAAUUUGGUCAUGAGGGAUGUAACAAGUUUUAUGAAUAUGCCAUGAUUAAAAAUAAAUGUGCAAUUAGCCCAUUAGCUGCUCCUCCUCUUUCAACUUAAGAAAACUUAGUGAA